AUGCGUUCUCCAGCCCAGACCGUCGAUCAUCACCACACCUUGAUACGAGGGAAGCUCUCAGCUGAACACCACCUGUCCAAUAGUAUCGCUAUCAAGAACAACAACCUACCCCUGUUGAAGGCAGUCCCAACAGAGGAGCAACCCUUGUUAGACCGAGACUCGACGCCAUCAAUAUCUACUCAAUCACAAUCACAAUCACAAUCUCCAUUCCCAUCGCCAAACCUCCCCUUUAUAGACAAGUACGGCCGUUAUCGCCAAAUGGUACACUAUGGCUCAAACAGCACAACCCGUCUCCACGAAACCAAGAUAAACGAAACAAGCAAUAAUCACAAUAAUCAACUUGUCGCGGUCAAAGUCUACCGACGCUCCAUCCUAAGAGGUCCCCCAAGCUCUUCCCACUCAACAUCUCUCCACCCAAGCCACCCCAACAUCCUCCCAAUCCUAGACAUCCUCCACAAUGAACGCAACGAGCUCUGUCUGGUAAUGCCAUAUUGCGCCGGCGGCGACCUAAACACCCUCCUAUGCCGCAAAGGGGCCCUCCCAACGCAAGAAGCGGACUGUAUAAUAACCCAGAUCCUGCGCGCUCUUGCCUUCCUACACGAUCACGGCACGGCACACCGCGAUGUCCGCCUCGAGACGGUUCUGCUCACUGCCAACGGAGCCGUAAAGCUAGCUGGGUUCGGCGAUGGACAUAUCCGGCGGAUCUGGGAGGAGACUGCUGAGGCCGGGGCUGGAGGAAGGCUUCCCCCGCGACCACAGCCACCUACACAAAGUGCAUGGUCGUUCGCGCUACCGUGGCCGCUGAAUUCAUUAUGUCGGCAAAGUUCUGAGACUUCUUCUGGCAAUGGUAGUCAGGCUGUCAUUGCCAACUCACCGACUGCUUCGUUUGUGGGUAUGAGACUUCCGUAUAUUCCCCCGGAAGAAUUCAAGCUUCAUUUUCAAUCACGUUGUCAUGAUGAACAUGGCAAAAGUAGUGAGUGUGAUUCUCGUCCCGCUGAUGUGUGGGCCACUGCCAUGGUUUACAUGGCACUCGUGACCGAUCGGAUUUUGUGGCGUAGUGCGCGUCCCAAUCAGGAGGAUGGGCGGUAUCUGGAGUAUCUUCAUUCUCGCAGCGAGGAGGAUGGAUACCCGCCGAUCGAGGCUCUAGGGCAGAGACGACGCAACGCUAUCUAUGCAAUGCUUCACCCCAUUUCUUGGAAGCGUAUCACAACUACCAAGUUGUUGCAAUCGGAAUGGAUAGACGGUGUGACAGUUUGCGAAGCGGGCGCGAAGGGAUAUUGA